AUGCCGAAUCUGGUGAAUAAACAGAAGUUGUGUAAGGGAGAAUACACCAUUCUCAGGAGUGGUGUGGAAGUAAUCUUAGGAUGCAAUCCAGAUCUGUAUCAUCAUGGACACCCACAUGUUUUGCACUUCACUUUUGUAUACUACUGGGUCAGACCUCAAUUGUUCUUUGUAACUUACUACUUGGGUAAAGUCAUAGGCUCAGGUGGAUUCAGAAUGGUUUAUAAAGCUCAGCAUCAUGUGACAGACAAAUAUCAAGCAGUCAAAAAUUCAAACCCUCAAGAGAUGCUCAUCUCACAGAAGGCUGCAGCAAUUCAUAAGAAGAUCAGGAUUCUGGUUAGUUUAAGUCAUCUUUGCUGUGUAGAUAUCAUCAUGGAGUUAGUCACUGUGGGGGAUCUUCUGAACUUGAUAGAUGAACAGAGCUUAAGCAGCUACAAAAGAGCUGCAUUCAGCCCUGAAAACUUUGGCCUCACAAAAUACUCUGCUGAGACCAUUUUGGACGUGAAAUGUCGCAGAUUGUUCAAUUGA